AUGAGCGGCCUCAAGCGCUCUCUGGACGAGGCUCAUGACGGCGAGGGAGCGUCGCCCUCGGACUCUCCCGCCGCGCCCGCCGCCGCGCCCGCCGCCGCGAGCAGCGCGUCGUCUGCAGCAUCGUCGGCGUCGUCGACAUUCCGCAACGUCAGCGCCUGCAACCGCUGCCGCCUGCGCAAGAACCGCUGCGACCAGCGGCUGCCGUCGUGCGCGUCGUGCGACAAGGCGGCCGUCAAGUGCGUGGGCUACGACCCGAUCACAAAGCGCGAGAUCCCGCGCAGCUACGUGUGGUACCUCGAGACCCGCGUCGCCUACCUCGAGUCGCUGCUGGCCGUCCACGACGUGCCGUGCCAGCCCGCCGAAGACUUCAACCCGCCCGCCCACCAGUCCGCGAACGCCGCCGCCCCGCGCAGCAAUGGCGCUCCCGCCGCCGCCGCCGCCGCCGCCGCCACCUCUACCGCCGCCUCUACCGCCGCCUCGCCCCCGCGCGACGAGCCCGACCGGUACGACCGCGAGAAGCUCACCAAGCUGGUCUCGCACAUUGGCAUGGUCUCGGUCCAGGGCGCCAGCGACCCGCACCGCCUGGGCUCCACCUCGGGCAUCUCGUUUGCCCGCGUCGUCUUCGCCGCCGUCAAGAGCUCCGUCUCGGGCGCGUCGUCGGAGCGCGGCAGCAACCGCGGCGGCCGGACCACGGCGGCGCCGGCCCACGUCGUCGACGGCGGCGCCUCGAUGCGCGACUCGUUCUUCGGCCUGCACACCAAGCCCACCUUCCGCCACGCGCCCUUUCCCGACCGCGAGCUGGCCGGGCGUCUCGUCGAGCUGUACUUUGAGCACGCGAACCCGCAGAUCCCCAUCCUGCACCGCGGCGAGUUCAUGGACAUGUUCGACCGCGUCUACGCCAACGCCGACCGCCAUCGCACCUCGCGCGAGUCGUACAUGCUGAACAUUGUCUUCGCCAUCGGCGCCGGCAUCAUCCUGGGCAGCUCCGACGCCGACGACUCGCCGACCGACGACGGGUCCGCCUCGCCGAACAAGUCGCGCUCGUCUCCGCCGCACUCGAAGAAGCGCCGUCUGGCGGGCCACCAGCACCAGCCCGAGGAGUACCACGCCUCGGCCAUUGUGCACCUCGAGAACUUUCUGGGUUCCUCUCCCGCCGCCGACCGCCCCGACGGCUUUGGCGGCGGCCUGGAGGAGCUGCAGGCCGUGCUGCUGCUGGCAGGCUUCGCCCUGCUGAGGCCCGUUGCUCCUGGCCUGUGGUACAUUGUAGGAGUCGCUGUCCGCCUCGGCGUCGAUCUGGGGCUGCACUACGAGGACGGAGCGGGCAUUGACGGGUCAGGCUCCGAGGGCCGCUCCGAGGGCCGCUCCGAGGGCCGCUCCGAGGGCCUCAAGAGCGAGCGUCCUGCAGACGAGGACGCCGAGUCGGCGGCCGCCGGCGGCACCAACACGGCCAAGAUUGAUGCAAAGGAGAGGGGCCGCAGACAGUGGGUCAGAGACCUGCGACGGCGGCUGUGGUGGUGCGUGUACUCGGUCGACAGGCUCGUCAGUACCUGCGUCGGCAGGCCGUUUGGCAUCACAGACCAGAUCGUCACGACCGAGUUCCCGUCACUGCUCGAUGAUCGCUUCAUCACAAAGGAAGGUUUCCUCGAUCCCCCGCCGCAUCUGGAGAGGCCGACGUACAAGGUGGUUGCGCACCAUUACUUCCGCCUGCGGUUGCUUCAGUCGGAGAUCCUGCAGGUUCUGCACCACCGUCAAGCCCAGCAGGCCAGGGCGAGCGGCGCGAAUCAGCGCAACGAGUUUAUGCACACCAAGCUGCCGUCGCCGUUCCUCGCCAAGUUUGACUCCUUCCGCGCCUGGCGCGCCGACAUCGACAGGCGUCUGCACGAAUGGAAGGACUCGGCUCCGACCCAGCGGGACGCUGGUGUCCAGUUUUCGCCCCUCUUCCUGGAGCUGAACUACUGGCAGGCCGUCAUCAUGCUGUACAGACAGAGUCUGGUGGUCCCGUCAGGCCUGGAAGGGGUGCUUGGCACGACCGGCUCUGAUGUCGGCAGUCCGUCCGUGGUCAGCUUGGACGAGCGUGAAGACGAGGACCUGGUGUUCCUCAAGGUGGCCGAGGCCGGCCAAAAGGUCCUGAAGCUCUACAGGCAGCUCCACCGUGUACACCUCGUCAACUACACCUUCCUGGCGACCCAUCACCUGUUCAUGGCUGGCAAGUGCUCUUCGCCGUGCAUCGUGACGUUGCUGACUCAGACACCAGGGAUAUCCUUUUUGUAUGCUGUGUGGCACAGCGUUCAUGUCCGCAGCUUGCUGUCCCUGGAUGACGUCGACUUCACCGUAUUGGCCGCGACCUCGGUCCUGGGUGAUCUCAUCGACAAAUGCCCGCCCGCGGAGGCCUGUCGCGAUGCUUUUGACCGAAUGAGCAAAGCCACGAUCCAGAUGUGCAUGUCAACAACUGGCUUCGGCCCUCCGGCCCUCCGCACACUCCCUCUCUCCCAGCAACACUACCCCCAAGCAUCACACUCACCAACCACAGCAUACACGGCUGCAUCAGACACCGAUGGGCAGUCCAGCGCAGACAUGCAGGCCUACUCACGCAACACAACCUACUUCAACCAACACCCGCACCAAUCCCGCAAGCCCGUGCCAAGAUUCGACAUGAACCUGAAGGACCUCUUCUCCGAAGACGAAACAGACAAGCGCUCCUUUAGCCGGGUAUCGAAUCAGGUCAACACAAUGCGGCCCCCACCCACCCCCAUGAAGCCCGAGAACGGACUGCAAUUCACGGCCGACCUGAAAAUCUCCCCACAACUACGCACACAAGGCUUCGGCUUCGCGCAGAACCCCGCCCAGACCAUCCCCAGCCCGCAGCAACACCAGACCAUCCCCAGCCCGCGGCAACACCAGACCAUCCCCAGCCCGCAGCAACAGCAGCCCAUCCCCAGCCCGCAGCAACAGCAGCCCUUCCCGUCAGCAGCACCCGCUCUCUCCCCCCCAAUCUCCCAGUCCCCGCCCCAGCCUCUCCCCUCGCCCUACCAACUGUCCGCAGCCCUGCCCUACCAGGCCUACCCCCAGAGCCAGUCCAUGUCCUCGGCCUACCCGGAUCUCGGGUUCCACAACGAUCUCGACUUCCUCGACAGCUUCCCCGUCCAGGGCAGCGCGUCCAGCAUGGCCGACGGCGCCGCGACGCAGGACGUGGGCAUCGGGUUCGGCAUGGGCUUUGGCGAUGGGACGCACGAUUGGAGCGACGGGAAUGGGUUGGAUCUGUUCGAUGGGUUUUUCUUCGGACCGGGCGGGACCGGCAUGUGA